CGGACACGAGAGGGCAGCAAUUGCGAAAUCGCAAACCCGGAAGUUUAAUGGCUCCCGAGUAAUCUCCGAGCCCAAACUCCCUGUCUAUUUUUAAGAUUUACAAUUUUAUGCAGAUUAUGGAGCAGGAAUAAAGCGUUUUAAGUUUUCAACGACUGCCAGAAUUAUCAGAUUUACUGCUAUGCGGAUUAAUUGUAUUUUAUCUGUGGACUGUGCCCUAGCCAGAAUCCAGCUUGCUGUGCAGUGCUAGUAACUGCUAGGCAGUGUCUGCGGCAGUGCAAACGCAUAAAGACGCCAGAGUUUCGGCCGGAAACUUUGAUGAUUCCUGUCUCGAUUGCGACUUGGUUGUACUAGCCCAGGGGGCCCCAAGGCCAGGCCUGAAUUUUGAAUGACUUUGUCAUGUUCAUGACCAUGUUUUUUAAUGUGCAUGUACACGACUACCCGAACAUAUUAGUCUUGUGCUGUUUCAUACAGAUCUAAACAGUUAAUGAGUUAAAUCUAAAUCUGAAGUGAACCAAAUAAUGUUGGACUUGGACCAGUCUUGGAGUACUAACGAAGUAAAAACACCUAAACCUUUUGAUGUUUCGACAGACAUUUUACAUGUGUAUCGCAGCAAGAAUCUGCAUCGCACAGGCGACCUUGAGACACUCUAAGGACUCCAUCAAUAAACCACAAAUCUUAACAAGGACUUGCCGUUUUCCUCGUGCUGAAGACGUAUUUUCUGUCGCUGUAGGGCGAGAGAUCUGCAGGAUGAUGAGUGAUGAUGGGAAGAGUGAAGAAAUAAAUAAAGGAAGCAUUCAGACUGAAUUGAUUCAAGAUGUCUAUGAUGUUCCCAUGGAUGUGAUCAUUAGACCCAUUCCACCAUCCUUGGAUGAAGCCAAAGUUGAGUCCCUGAUGGAGACCAUACAGGACCCGAGUCAAGUUCACAAGGUACCUCCUAUAGAUGUCCUCUGGAUCAAGGGUCGUGCCGGUGGGAACUAUUACUACUCGUUUGGUGGAUGCCACAGAUUUGAUGCCUAUAAGAGACUGAAGAUGAAGACUAUACCUUGCAAACUAGUUCGAUCUACUGUUCAUGACCUUCGGAUGUACUUGGGUUCAUCGACCCCUGACCUUCUAUAAUUGGCCUGUUUUUAAUUAUUUGAGAUGUAGGGGUCCAUUUGAAUGAUGGGACAGUUUGGUAGUCUGCAGGCACAGACCCUAAUUAAAACUGUAACUGGUUCCGUCAACUUCCGUGACAUUUGCCCCGGCAACAAUUGCUCCACUGUAAAUUCCACACAUUAUGGAAUGCCCAACUUAAGCCCUGGAUUUAAUGAUAUAUCCUAAACCUAACAUAAAAUUUUCUUGCAGCCCUAACCUUACAUCUUAGACGAAAUAAAGUCAAAGCCCAAGCAAAUGUUACUAGUCAACAUCAACAACAGGGUCUCCACGAUCGAG